AUGGAAAGAUUAAACCAAUUAAGCGGUCAAUUGAGCCCAUCCUCCAAGCAAGCCUUGCUCAAAAAGAACCCUGACGACGUCGUCAUCGUUGGCGCUUACAGAACCGCCUUGACCAGAGGUGGCAAGGGUAAGUUCAAGGACGUGGGCUCCGACUACAUCUUGACUGCGUUCUUGAAGGAGUUCGUCAAGAAGACCGGCGUGGACGUCAACUUGAUCGAGGACGUUGCUGUCGGUAACGUGCUUAACCGUUCUGCUGGUGCUUUCGAGCACCGUGGUGCUGCUUUGGCUUCUGGUAUUCCAAACACAGCUGCGUUUGUCGCCAUCAACAGACAAUGUUCCUCGGGAUUGAUGGCUGUUUCCGACAUUGCCAACAAGAUCAAGACAGGCGAAAUCGACUGUGGUUUGGCUGCAGGUGUCGAGUCCAUGUCUUCCAACUACGGCCCUCAAUCUCUCCCAAAGGUGUCUGAACAAUUGCAGAACGACCCAGAAAUGCAAAAGUGUUUGAUCCCUAUGGGUAUCACCAACGAGAACGUGGUCAAGAAGCACAACAUCCCUAGAAGCAAGCAGGACGCCUUUGCUGCUGCCUCUUACCAAAAGGCUGAGAAGGCUGUCUCCUCGGGUGCCUUCAAGGACGAAAUCUUGCCUAUCGAAUCGUUCUUGGCUGAAGAAGAUGACGACGAAAACGUCACCUGGAAGUCCAUCGUUGUCGACACCGAUGAAGGUCCAAGACCAGGUGUCACUGCCGAAUCCUUAGGCAAGUUGAAGCCAGCCUUCGCCAAGGACGGUACCACCCACGCUGGUAACGCCUCGCAAGUCUCUGACGGUGCCGCCGCCGUCUUGUUGAUGAGAAGAUCUUUGGCUGAACAAAAGGGCUACAAGAUCGAAGGUAAGUUCGUUCUCUGUACCUCCGCUGGUGUUCCACCAGAAAUCAUGGGUAUUGGUCCAGCUGUUGCCAUUCCAAGAGUUUUGCAAAAGACCGGCUUGAAGGUCAGCGACGUCGAUGUUUUCGAAGUCAACGAAGCUUUCGCUGCUCAAUGUUUAUACUCCGCUGAAAGCGUCAACAUCCCAUCCGAGAAGUUGAACAUCCGUGGUGGUGCCAUCGCUUUGGGCCAUCCAUUGGGUGCCACUGGUGCCAGACAAUAUGCUACCAUCUUGAGAUUGUUGAAGCCAGGUCAAAUCGGUUUGACUUCCAUGUGUAUUGGUACUGGUAUGGGUGCCGCUUCCGUCCUUAUCAAGGAGUAA